CAAGGAAGGAAAUCGAGGAUUUUAUGUGUAGUGUAUGUAGGCUAGGCUACACAUGUGUGUCGCCAGACAGUUUAGGUUGGUUAUCUAUGACCGCGCACAGGACUAGUUUUAGUUGUGCAUGUGUAACCGAUAGCACAGCAGUUUCAAAGCUCACCUGACAAGAAGAUUAGAGUGUUGUCAUGGACGGGUGCAGACUUGUUGUUAAAUAGUACAUAUUUAGGAAACCUAUGUAAUAUCAAGAGCGACGUUAUAAAUAGCCAAGAUCACUCGAACUUCACUUAAAGCGUCUUCCACAUUACGUUAUCGUCACAAAUACAUUAUCCAGCCAUAUGAUCGUGCCUUAAACCUGUCAAGGGCCGUCUGGACAGAAUCCUCUACAGUAUGUGAACUACGGGGAUACAGAGUGACCACGAAAAUACGCCUACCGUCAUGGCCUCCUCUCUAGGCGCAAAUACACGGAUCCCUAAGAGAAACAGGUCUGAACUUAUGGAAUUCAUUCGACUAGAUUCUCCUGAUGCCAAAGAGAUUUUUCGAGAAGCUCAGCGAACGAACCUGAUAGAAAAGGACACAGAGAGGAUAUUCCGUACUAUUUCCAUGUGCCUUGUCCGGAACAGUGAGCUCGCCAGACGAUAUGAGAGAAGAAGGAAAAGUCUAAGAGAUCAGGGAAGGAAACCAAAGGAACUUGAAGAUAGAUUGUUGUUCGCUGAAGAAUCUUGGCAGGGCAUUCAGAAAGUUUGCAAGUCGGGACCUCAUUGUGAAAAGACAAGAAAUGUUCUUGGUGACAGUCAGUUCGGUCUACACCUGAACAGAAACUUUGACCUACUUUUGAGAUACACAGCAUGUACAAAGGCAGAGGGAAUCAAAUUCCUACUUGUCUUUAAGGUGAUGUUCGGGAAAGUGAAAUCUGUCACACCGAAUCUGACAAAUGACAAGUGCACCAUGGAACCAACACCAAACUAUGAUACACAUAUCUCUUUGGUUAAACCGGAUCCGGAAAUGGGAAUAUGUGAUGCGCAAGAUCAUAACUUAGCAUACCUAUAUGAAUAUGACGAGGAAACUACACUUCCAAGUAUGUCGCCAUCGCAAAUACUACCUUUUGCAGUUCUAAGCCUUGAACGAACAGGAGAAAAAAUUAUUGGACCUCUGCGUACGCCAUGGCAAAAGCAACGGAAAAAGAGACAGGCUUCUAUAAAUGCUACAUUUAAACAACAAUUAAGCGAGGAAGGACAUACUCCAACUGUUUCUAAUGUAGAAAUAUCAUCUAAAGCAGAUUUGGCAUCGGCUGCACUUAGGGAAAAGAGUGGUGAGAUUUCUACUGACAGUAAUGGUACUUGUGUCAAAAGAGAAGAUACGAGAUCAAGUUCUCUUGAUGACGCCCAUAUCUCAUCUUACCAAACUCCAAGGCAGAAGUCAGCAUACGGUGCUGGCCGGCGAUCAACCAGGACACUACGCAUUACAAGGUCAAACUCUUUAGGGCAGGAUGAAGUGAAUAAAAAUGAUUCAUUAAUAGACAUAGAAACUGCACAACAAGACUACGAGGAGGAGGCAGACUUACAAUACACAGAAUAUUUGUGGGAUCCACUUAUUGAACCAAGGUCUACGGAUGACACAAAUGUGUAUAUGGAAACUGAAAAGUCGCUCCAAAACCGAAAUUGUACUUUACAAACUACAGAAUCCGCAUCAGAGAAAUCUCUGAUCCUUCAACGAUUAAAAGAAAUAGAACAAGAAAUCCAGGUGAAGCAAAGAAAACUUAAGGAACUGAGGCAAAGUCGAAGUUCUGGAAAAUCAGGAGAAUCAGUAACAUCUGAGGAGGACGUAGUAGUAGACGAUAUCGUUACCGACGAUAUCAUCUUUUCACCAAAAAGGGUGGAGUUGGGCGAGGACAGUGACCAACCACUAGACCUGAGUAGAACAAGCACAAUGUUACAUAAAAUCAAAAUUAAGGAAGAAAAGCCGACGCCAGAAUACACUGUCAAAAACCAAUCACACUGCAAUGUCUCUGUUUUGAUUACUGAGAAUAUCAGUCAACAAAGUGGAGAUGUCGAUGCAAAUCCUGAACACAAAGAAACGACGAAAGCGCAGCUACAAACGUCAAAAAGUGGCAUUGAAACAGACGCGGCUGGGGAUGAUUGCAACAAAUUAAAACAGGAAACUAAGGUCGAUUUAAAUCAUGGCAAUUUUGAACCCAAUCGAGACACCCCUACACCAACUCUGGACGAACCACAAGACAUAUAUUGGAUGGGUACUACUAAAAUCCCAGUAGUGUCAAAAGGUUCCCCGAAUCAAUGUCAUAACAAAAGAAAUGAUAAUACUAAGAGAUAUAAGGAGGAGAAAGACAAUGACACUAAAGUAAAUGCGUACACAAAGAAUAAGAAUCCAGUGCCUGCAAUUCGUUCAAAUACUAAUGACAGUACCGGCAGGUCUCAAACAGAAGGCAGCAUGAAGGCUUCAUCAAAGAAAUGUUCAAGCUUUUAUGAAAGUUAUAUAAAGAAAAAGAAGGAAACUAUGGGUGACCAUUUCAAACUUGAUGAUAAAGCAGACGUAUCAAUGGAUGCUUCCCAUGAUCCUACAUACCUAAAUGAUGCGCCAUUGUCGCGUCUUACAGACAAUCAAGACACUGACAGGAAACCUAUGUCAGUUGCAAAACACCGUAUGUCCGAAAUGAUUGAUCAACAAACUGUUGCGAACAGAAAGCAAUCAAGCAAUGCUGACUCUGCCAAGUCCUCGCAGUCAGGGCUGCCAGGUAACCACAACAACAACGACAGGGUUCUUAAUCCACGAGACCCCAGAAUCCAAAAGCGAACAUCACAGGAUACUGAAUCUACGAAUGGCAGCGUACUACAUCCUCAAACAAAUGAAAAAGACAAAACACAAACAAAACGUGCAGAUGAAGAUUGUAUUGCCAAAGCAAAUCAAGUGGAUAAAUCCGAUAAGAAUAGUCCGACAAAGACUGUUUCGGGAUAUUCAGACAGAGUAAAUUGCUCUAAAAUACAACACGAAUCUGACAGUGACGAUGAUCAUUCCAUUCUUGCGUGUUCAACAUGUGAUAAUUGUAGCUCUUCGUCAAGUGACGAAGAAUCUAAACCAGUAUUGAAUGAAAUGCGAGUCGACGACACGAUAUGCAAAAGUGGUCAAUCACUUUCAAGCAAGCAGGUAGAUGAUAUCAUCUUUUCUGUCAACGUUUCAAAGGCUGCAGAAACACAUUUAUCGUCUGAGGUUGAAAAGACUUUGCAGGACCUCGGUGAUGCAAUCAAGGUGAUACAGAAAAAGGUCGUAGAAUCUGACGACAACAGGAGUUCAUCAGGCAUGAAUUCUCAGACUGAGGAGGAAAUGGAAGUUGACACAAUUACCAAUGAAAUUCAACAGGCAAUAUCUACCAUUGUAACCGACCGUGCAGUUCGUCAAACGAAUGAUAUUGCAGCCAUUAAAGCACCUACAGUGAUAGAGGUCAAUUGUGUGAAUAUACAAGAAGAUGUCUUGGAAAACAGAGCAGUUCACGAAAUAGACCAGUGUGCUGCAAAUUUGCAAAAUGAAAAGGGAAGUGAUUCAAAUAUUGGCGUCACUGGUACAGUGGUGACACCCGAGAAAGUGGUCGAAACAAACCUACAGUCUGGGGAACCAAAAGAAAAUAGUUCGAUAGAGUUAUCAACUAACGAUAUGGAUGUGUCCGAGAAUUUGCUUCGUGAUGAUUUCAAACCUAGAAACCAAGGUUUUUCAUCUUUUAUGCCAGACUUAGAUCGCAAAUCUGGCUUUCAGACGAUUUCAAAAACCCUUUUCCAUGAUGUUGUUGCUAUCAAAAAAUGCCAACUGACACCAGAACCGCAAUCUGAACCGAUUGCAAUAAAAAAGAAAGCUACCGAAACUGUUUUUGACGAGAAAUUAGCGCAAAUAGAUGAUACAGUUGAUAACACAGUUCGGAAAGGACAUAUCACAAAUACCGAACAGGAAACUAAGAUUACUGCAAAUACCACAUCAACAGAUUGGAUUUUGAGUCAAGAAAUCGACAAAACGUUAACUGAAAUCAAGAAGGAAUCAUGUACCUUAUAUCCGUCGCAUUCACUUGUUAAAGAUAACAGCAGUCGGGGAAAGGAAGCUGAAAAUAGUACUCAUGAAUCUGAAAGAUCAGCUUCUCAACAAAGACGAAGUUGUGACAGGAAUAGGAGUCGGAGCAAAAGCGUCUCUGGUUCUGUGACCUCUGAUUCUCAUAGAAAGACCAGUCAGCGUCCACGAGAUAUAUCACCCAUUCGAGAUCCAGGGUUUGUCCCAUUUCAUGAAAGGGGCAUACUGCUGACGAGAUAUUUUAAAGAUAGACAAAAGCGACUUGGGCUGAAAUGGGUUGAUAGAAGGCGAUCACCAAGUGGCUUUAGAGUUCGUGCUAUUCAGAAAGCUAAGUUAACAUUAUUUAAAAACAUUUCUUCAAAAGACUCAUCUGUGAAAAAACAGAGUGCUAAAACACCGGUUGUUAAGACGGAAAAGGUUGUAAAAACCGAAAAGAAAGAUUCUGAUGACGAAGAUCGCCCCUUAUGGAAACCAACAUAUUUCAAUAAACCUUAUUUUAAGAACCAUAGAGGAAGGUUUACUGAAUCCAGGUUCCAUGAAAAUAGAAUAUCGUCUUUGAAAGAUAGACAAGGGGGGAAACCUUGGCAUAAAACCAGGACAUCACAUCCAAACAAUUUGAUCAUAGAUAGGCAUGGUAUGAUCAUUUCCCUAGACCCGCCAAACAAUCGACGGCCUCACUCGCGAUUUCGGAACGAUUCGGUAUCUGAUAGAAGAACGAGGGGUGACUCGGUCUUUAGCAGACACCAAAAUACGAGUAGGAGUUUCCAAAAACAGAGGGAGAGUGCGAGUCGCACUGAUCCUCCUAGCUCAGAAACUACGUUAUCAAAAGCCAUGACGUCUCUUCUAAAGAGAGUCUUGUUUGAUGGACCAAGAAAUGACGGAAGUACUGAAGGGAAAAUGGCUGACAUGAUAUUCGAAAUGGUAAAGAAAAAAGUAACAGCAAAUGACAAUGACCAAUCCUCUACACUUGGCAAUGCCAAUCUAAAGCUCGACGAAACACGAGGCUUUGAUGACCUGCCUGUGGAUCUUCCUCCAGAACUCUUGACGGCUGUUCGAUCUGAACAUUCGAGAGACCGGUCAACGAGCCAGGACAGACGCUCAAACAACUGGGAACGUAGAGAGGUAUAUAUUGAUAGAAAAUCAUCAGCCAUUUGCGAUGACCGGAAAUAUGUUGAACAAAGGCGAGGAUCUAGCCAAAGCAGCGAUACAAGGGAAAGCCAUGGAGACCGAUAUCACAACAGGACCGACCACCGGUUCGAUAGGCACGACAGGAAUGAUAACACGCAUCAUUUUGGAGGCGCGCGCGGCAGAGGACGGGGAAGGGGCCGUGGAAGAUGGAACUGGAUAAGGGGCAGUUUCAAAAAACCAUUCAUCCGAAACACUUUCAACAAUAAUAAUGAUAGGCGACCUUUUCAUAGAGAUUCGGAUAAAUAUCAGUCGAGAUCAUUCAGUUUCAAUACAUCACGUUUGAAGACUGGUAGUGAAUUUUCUUCUAGAAGAUGUUACCACAAUUCAGAUUUCCACAACAAACCCUAUGAAAGAAAAUUUGACACUUACUCCACCGAUAGGAAAUCUCACCACAGAGACAGUAACCGGAGUAGAGACAGCAGGGAUUAAAGUCAUUAAUUUUAAAUACCAAUGUAACGCUAAAUAAGGUCAUUGAUAGUCCCCUUUACUGGGUCUUCCCACGUGUUAAUUGUCAUUUUACUUACAAACUUAUUAUUACUUUAUACCAUGCCAUUUUCGCCACAGUUAAACUUAAGUCUUUUUUGAUCUUCCUCUUGAGGAAAUUUAUUAUUACAGCGACCAUUUGUAAACAACAUCAAAUGCACAGGGCGAAUAAGGAUUAUCCACUCUGAUGAAACAUGGCAGCAAGUAUGGACAUCCUCACAUUUCCAGGGGCUUACGUUCUCUGCACACCUUGAAUAUGUCAAUGUGACAAAAUUCAAGGCACGAACUUAGCUAUUUGGUUAGUAUCAGGCAUAACAAAAUAUCUAGGCUGAUACAUGUAUUUUGUGAAUUACAGUGGAGCGACACCUGACUAUAAAGCCAUCAAACUUUUGAUGUACAUCAAAGGACCAGACUAGUCUACUGGUGUCCUCCACAAGGUGGCGCAUACCGAGCCUUCGAUUUUGUCAGCACAUAUCCCAUGGGUGAAAAGAACAUAAGUGAGCGAAAUCCCUGGAAAUUCGAGAAUGAAGUAUGGACUGAAGUGGCCAAUUGAUUACCUAAAUAGAACAGUAACGUGUGAGUUGUUCAUCUACAUAUUAGACAGAUUUGCCUCUAUAAGCAUGAGAUGAUAGUUAACCAAAAGACUGCCUUCUUUACACAUAUUUUAUUUAUGUGAAGUUGAUCAAACGGAAAAUAUAAGAGUUAUAUAUUUUCUGGGGGUAUUACUCAUUUUAUAAAAGCAAAUUACCUCUGAUUUUCGAAUAUCUCCUCAACUGAAUGACCUUUUUAGCAGAUGGCUUUAUUGAAUCAUCAUUACGAUAGCAUAAGGGUCCCUCUCAGCGUAAAAGCGAAAAAGCAUGGUUUUUAUUUCAGUGACAAAGCCCAUGACAUAUCUUAUGGUAACUGAACUUAAUCAAAUUGUAACGGUGACAAGAGCGAUUUUGCUUUUUCGUCCUUUUACUUUUCUUAUAUUGCGCUAUGCCGUCUUGUAAAUUUGCCAUUUUGAAGGCGAAAAAGUGACAAAGUGCCAUUCUUGCUGCUUUUUUAUGGUGGCUUGUUAUGGUCAGUUUUGUUUUUAAGCUUAUUAGCUACAAAGAAUUGAGCUUCUUCGUAUUUUCACUCUUGGCCUUCGAAACGACGGGUUUUUGCGACGACACGAUACAUUUAAAAAUAGAACGUCUUUCAUAAAAUAAUAAAAGGGCGCUUUUUCUCUUUUUUUUUUACCAUGCAAACUCUCCGAUUUAUAUCCUUAAACGGAUAUUUGUCGCGGGGAUAAAGCGAAAAACACGAUUGUUCCAAUUCAGCCGCCAUAGAUUAUUGCAGGGAUGCCCUUGUCAGUGAUGAUAUGCAAAUUAAAAUUCGUUCCGAAUUGCGUCUUACAGAACACAUUUUGUAAAAAUAUGUCUUACCAACGACUAUCUCCGACAGGAACAGCCUCCCACCUGGCCAUUUACUCUAUUGCUUCGCUAGACAUUUUCAUAGAACUUUAUUUAUUUUACAUUGUUAAAGUUUUAAUAACUGUAUCUCACUCCACUUGACUUAUAUAUAUUAUAGUCUGACAUGUGUCUCCUCAUAGAUAACGUUAGCACGACAGUAAGACAACAAACGUUUCCUUGUUAUUGUCAUCAGUGAACGACAUGAAUACCCAUACAAUGCGUGUCCUUAAAGUUACCUCCAUCACAGACAUUUAUGUUUCCGCUGCAUCCGCGUUCAUGUUGUCCCUGACUGUUAUAUUUGUCGGUGAGAUAAUUGGACUUUGCCCAAAUUAGGUCAUGUACAUUGUACUGUAAACUUAUAAUCCUAACAGAGAUACACUUGAUCACCAGUAGUCAAAAUCGAGCCCCGCCAGAUGACAAAUACCACCAGAUAACGAAUAGCAAACGUCAAGCUACAUCAGAUGACCGAGUUAUCUAAGAUAUCAAUUAAAAUCAGUCAUCUUUUGCGAUUACAUAUAGCAUUUUGUAGAUUUGCUUAAAGUAGGGAUGCUAUACGAAAUUAUGAACAAAUAUUCUUAAUGUCAUUUUGAUUAAUUUGUUUAUGAGCUCUCGCAGAUUAUCUGCAUUAAAAAAAAAUAAAGUAAAAAUCUCCCCAAGAAACACAUCCGCCAUCUGCAUCAAGAUAGAUACGUAAAUAUUUCAGUUAUCAAUUAAAUCGGCAAAUAAAGCAAGCAUGAUAAUAGCUAUAUUGUGAUUCAAUCUACAAUUAAAAGACCAUAAUUCACAAUAUAGGCAGACUCUCACAUAAUCCAUACCUUUAGGGAAGACAUUCUUCAUAUGUAUGUUGAAACAGUUAAGUUUUAUAAUAUUUGUAAUAAUUUAUUUAAUAAAACAAUUAUAUGAUAAUAAUAUAUACUAACAAUAACGUGUAUAAAACACACUCAAAUAUACCUUUCUCCAUGUUCCAACCUUCUAUUA